AUGAACAAAGAGAACACAAAGAAGUUAAUAAGUAUAAUCAACGUAUUGGAUAAAUUAUCUGAGCACAAUGAAGGAAAAGAUGAAAGUUGUCAUAAAUUAAAAAGCUUUUUUUCAAGCGAGUUCUCAAAGACAUACGACAGUUUGGAAAAUGAAAAAUCUUUAUUUCCAUUAUAUUAUGAAAAAGACAAGCUUGAUUCGAAUGUUAAUAAAAUAAUUAACGAAAUUAAAACAACAAAAAGCUUUUUUUACUUUAAUAAAUCAAAUUCCCAGGAAAAAGAAGAAUCGGAAAAUAGUGAUAAAAAAUAUAAUACUACAAAAAGUUGUCAUCUUAAUGACGGAGGGGAAAUAUAUAACAAGGAAUAUAACAUAGACGAAAAUAUAAAUAAUUCUUAUGAACAUUUCAAUGGCACAAGCUUAGAUAUAAUGAACUCUGCAGUAUUAGGGGGAAAGGAAUCCUUAAAAAAAACUAACUACACUGACAAAAUAAAUAAAACAUUUUCAAGUUCUUAUGAUGAGUUUUCUUUUAUUAAAUUACAGACAGGUAGUUUUAUGUCUAAAAGAAAUUCUUUGAAUAUGUUCAGAAAUUACUUUAGCGACACAGAAUUACUAUCAUUUAAUAACUGUUAUAAAAAAAAAAGGAAUUUGAAAAGAAUGUUAAGAAAAAGAGAAACAGUAAAAUGUAACAAUGUAAAAUUAAAUGUAAAUUCCAUAAAAAAAUCGGAAUUUAUCGCUAACCCUAAAAAAUACAAGACUAUCCGGGGUAAUAUGGACGAAGGUUUGGAUGAAUAUGAGUAUUUAGACCAUAACGAUAUAGGACAAUUAUUAGAAAAAAUUUUAGAGCAUUUAAAUAUUAACUUGAAAAAAACAAUAAAUAAACUUAACAAAACUAACUACACUCUGAAUAAUAAACUGGAAACGGCUGUUGAAAAUAAUGAUGAACAAGAACAAGAAAUAAGAGACUUAAAUAAAAGAAUAAGCCAAAUAACGGAACAAAAAACAGAAAUGAAUAAAAUUAUCGAAAGCUACGAAUUUCGAAUUAGCAAUUCAAAGAAAUUAAAAAAUGAGCAACAAAGCGAUGGGAAACAAAGAAAUGCACUAGAGCAGGAUAUUAAAAAUUUAAAAAGGGAAUUAAAUAUCGCGAAUUCUUUAAAUGAUAAAAUAAUAAAUGAAAAGUUACUUUUACAGGAGAAAAUCAAAAAGAAAAAUAAUAAAAUUAGAAUGGAGAAAAAUAAGCUGAGAACCGCGAACGAUUUAAUUUUAGAAAAGAGCAACUUACUCCUACAGUUACAGUUAGCAAAUGGCAUACAUGCACCUUCUGUAAGUACAAGAAUGACAUAUAAGGGUUGCAAAGAAAGGGAGCGCACAAUUCCAUGUAAAACGAAGAAAAAGAUAAUUAACAGAUAUCGAAGUGACACAAUUCUGGAUAACUAUGAAAGAAUUAAAAAUAAGUUAUUUGAAAGUAAUGAAAAAUGCUAUUUUUUAUCAAAAACGAACUUGGAAUUAUUUAAAGGAUUGAACAUAAAAAAAAAAAAAAUUGACAUUUUAAACAAGAAGAUGUCUUACCUCAAAUACUUUAUGAAGGCAAAAGAAAAACUAAAUAAUCAGCAUUCGCAUGAAUUAAAAGAAUAUAAAAAUGAAGUUGAAAACUCCCAUAACUCUGAUUGCUCAAGUGAAAAAGAAGAAAUCAAAAAAUUAAUAUGUGAAAAAAAGGAAUUCACUGAAGUAAAUGAAUACGAAGAACACAAAUUAGACAAUAAACAAAAAGAAAGAAUUAAAAGUUUGGAAAAAAUUUUAAAUAGCAUAACUAAUGAACACAAUUUACUAAAAAAAAAGUAUGAAAUGUUAUACAAAAAAUAUUUAAGAUUGUUAAAAAAAAACACUUGUAAAAAUAAAGAUUUUACAUUUAUAGAAAAAAAAAAGGAAGAUAUAUCACCAGCAGUUGAUGUAAUUCAUUCUUUUUAUUUGAAAAAAAAGGAAAAUAAUUUAAAAAAAAAUUACCAACGAGGGAACAAAUUAAUAAAUUACAUAAAAGGAAAGGUUAUAGAUAAGAAGCACGUUCGGAUUGGUAAAUUCAGAAAUUAUAAAGAAUAUAAUGAUUACGGAGAUAUAGAAUUUUACAUUUCGAAUCAAAUUUUAAGAUGGAUUAAUAUAAAUGAAAUUACGGAUAUACGAUAUAUCUACUCCUAUGGAAAUGCAACAGGUAAUUUGUGUACAUAUAUAUUCAUAUAUGUGUAA